AUGAAUGCAAGCGAAUCCGAAGCAGGCGACGAAUAUUAUGAUGAACUCGAGCCCGGUGGCAAGCGCUCGGAGAAAGAUGACGGCUACAUACUUAGGAACGUCCUCAAACUUCCCCGUACCACAACCUACACGACACAGGCGCUCUACGAGCAGAUCAUUGGCAACGACAUUAACCUGGAACCCGAGUAUCAAAGAGAUGUUGUCUGGCCAGAGCCGAAGCAAGUAGGCCUUAUUGACUCUAUACUUCGCAACUUUUAUAUUCCACCUGUGAUCUUUGUUUCGCAUCAGCACUCAGAUGGCUCAGAAACCAAGACGUGUGUCGACGGGAAGCAACGGCUCACGUCAAUACAACGGUUUAUGGAUGGACUGGUUGGUCAUAUAUGUCUGUCAUGUGCGAUCCAGCUUACAGAAUUCUUUAGAUUUAUCGUUAGUGAUUCUUCUUUUAUUUUUACUUCUAAUCGCAAUAAACACUCGGUAGACAAAGACUCACAAACUGGUGACAAGUACUGGUACAAGCCGAACAUUUCCAACCAAAGUGGACGGUCCGCGGGCUACAUCCUGCCUGAUAAAUAUCGACGACUGUUUGCAAAUAAGCAGAUUGUAUGCAUAGAAUAUCAAGACCUUCCUGAUUUUGAAGAGCGCGAAAUCUUCCAGAGGGUACAACUUGGAAUGGCCCUCACCCCUGCGGAGAAAUUGCAGGUGAUUAACACCCCUAUGACCUCUGGGUGGCGACGCCUAGAUUGGGACCGUUCGCGCGGUGGUGAUUUCCGGUGUAUCGCUCAGGCGCUUUACUGCAUCUCAAAGUACCCUUCCCUCCAGUCCGUGGGCACCGUCCUGCAGAUAGAGAAAUGGUUGCACAACCCCGUCCGACGGACCAAAAGCAAAAAGAAAGAAAGCGACGACGACGAAGACCUCACAAAGGAUGAAAUCUACCUCUCAUGCAUCCACGACACGUUCCGCGUUUUCUCGCAGCUAGUCAGCGACCCUGAACUCUGCUCUAUAUUCCUACAAUCUGGCUGGCGCAUCUCGCCUGUAGAGUUUAUCACCAUAUGUCUCUUAAUCUCCGUGGAGAAAGAUAAGCUGCAACUGCGUGCGCUCGCAGAUAAGCUCGCACGCAUGCGGGAGGCGGUGCGCGAAGAACACGUAGAUAUUCGAAUGAAUGCUCGUGUCGCUAAGACGUUGCUUGACUUCGUCAAAGGGAUUGGCCCUCAGGUGCAAAACACCUCUGGGAUGAAGCGAAAGCUGGAGGAGGAGGAUGUGGCAGUGCCACCAAGCACACAGCGAAAACGAACUGAGACCCUGCCAGUACUGUCUCCCACUGUGGGCUCCCACAACCCAAUACACUUUGUCAAUCCUUCUAUGCUUGGCACUGGCACUUCUCUGCCGCCGCCGCCACGUCCCACAGCCAUUCCUGACAGACUUGCAGCCCUCCACGAUGCUAAGAAGUCCAUCUCAAAUCCAACCCCUCCACGCAUCCCGCCGACUGCACCCGCUGCCCUCCGGAAUGCUGGGCCAAGUAGAUAGGCGUAUUGUAUGUUUGCACUAUGCGCUCGCGGAAUUCAGGAGGUGUAUUACUACUGACUAUCGUGGCAGAUCUGUAUCAUAUCAGUACUUUUCGAGUUGUAUCAAUUAUCCGGUGAAGGUAUCGAUGUUGGAGGGUAGUCUCGAUUCGAUAAAGAUGCUAGCAUCGGUGGGUAAUGCAGAACUCGGGCGGCCGUGCAGGGGUAGGCCAUAUGCACACCCACACUGUCAAGAUAUAAUAUAAUAAGGACUACUUCCG